GAGAAUAACACAUCUGUAAAUGUCAUCUCCAGCAUCACCGUUUUAGCAACCAAUUAGCAACGAAUUAAGCGGAACACAUAAAUAGAAACAAACAACAUAACAACUGAAGAUCGACCACAGCAAACCAAAACUGCCGUAGAACAACUUAAACGAAAGUAAUCUAAAAAAAAAAAAACACAGAAACUCCAUAAGCAAACUCGCAAUGAUCGUCAGAAUAGACUAAAUAGUAAACUGUUGUACAAAGUAAAAGUUGCAACAACGGCAUCGACACGCACAAAUCGAUUUCGGGGGACGGCAUUGACGGCGAAAGUGUUGCUGGAGAACAACGUGCAAGCGCAGACGGAGCGAGGAGAGCAGAAGCUAAAACCUGCAGAGAAAGCAAACGAGUGCGAGCGCAAAACAAGUGUGCAAGCAACUACUAUUUGCAACAACUCUAGAAAGAGUACUCGCAAUAGGAGUAGCAACAAAAACAGAAGCGAAAACAGAAACAGAAACAGAAACAGAAACCGAAAUAGAGAUUGUAUACGCGGCAGAAGGCAAAGUUGUAAACUAAGUGGAAGCGGGAGAACGAGAGGAAGCAAGCUACUAGUGAGCAGCAAUAAAGUACCAGCACCUGGACGAAUAACGAGUGACAAAGCAAGAAAUUCUAUAGAGAGCCAUAGAUAAAACACAUAUUAUCACGUAAACUCAAGCCCCAUAUAGUUGCCGACACUGUCAAACAGUAUAUCAGUCGGGCGCAGCGCACUACCAAGGGUUCGACAGAGCAGCAGCCUAACAUGGAGUUUUUACGUGGUGUUUAUGCGUUUAUGCAAGUGAGUAGAUCAUCGGUGUCUCAUGUCAAAAUCGAUUCACCUGUUUUUCGCCUACACACAAAUGCAACUGUUAUUUUAUUAAUAACAUUCUCGAUCGCUGUUACGACGCGGCAGUACGUAGGAAAUCCCAUAGACUGUGUACAUACAAGAGACAUUCCCGAAGAUGUCCUCAACACAUAUUGUUGGAUACAUUCGACAUAUACAGUGGUGGACGCUUUCAUGAAGAAGCAAGGUUCCGAGGUGCCUUUUCCUGGGGUUCAUAAUUCACAGGGACGUGGACCUCUCACAAUAAAGCAUACAAAAUAUUAUCAAUGGGUGGCGUUUACGCUAUUUUUUCAGGCGAUUUUAUUUUAUACUCCAAGAUGGCUGUGGAAAUCUUGGGAAGGUGGCAAAAUUCAUGCACUUAUCAUGGACUUAGAUAUAGGAAUUUGUUCCGAAGCCGAGAAAAAACAAAAAAAGAAAUUACUAUUAGAUUACUUAUGGGAAAAUCUAAGGUAUCACAACUGGUGGGCUUACAGAUACUACGUGUGCGAAUUAUUGGCACUCAUAAAUGUGAUAGGUCAAAUGUUUCUUAUGAAUCGAUUUUUCGAUGGCGAAUUUUUGCAAUUUGGCUGGAAAGUUAUAAAAUAUAUGGAGGAUGAUCAAGAAGAUCGGAUGGAUCCCAUGAUCUACAUUUUUCCCAGGAUGACCAAAUGUACAUUUUUUAAAUACGGUUCUAGUGGGGAGGUAUGUCAAAGAAAAAAUUAUUUUAAUGCAUAA